ACCAUUAAGGGCCUCGCCUCAUUAGUCUAUCGGUAAUCGACGUCGGCAGCAAGCACAUCUUCCACCAUAGGGCCUAUCAGGGUGCAAAGGCAGGAAGCAGCGGCAGCAGCGGUGCAUUCGCAACUUCACAACGGCCACAGCAGUAUGAGUGACACCUGCGGCUCGAAGGUGAUCGAGUUCUACCAGGACUCGGUCGUCCUGAUUACCGGUGCGAGCGGUUUCCUCGGGAAGGUGCUGCUGGAAAAGCUGCUCCGAUGUUUGGACGCGCGCAAGAUAUACGUCCUAAUUCGCCGAAAGCGUGACUACAGUGCACAGAUGCGAUUAGACCAGAUUCUUAAGUCGAUGUUAUUUGACCGUGUUCGGAACGAGACCAAGGCAGCGAAGACCCUAUUUGACAAGAUCGAGGCGGUCGAGGUGAACUUCGAGCGGGAUGAUCUCGGCCUAGACCCGGCGCUGCGCGAUCGGCUCCGGCAGGAGGUGGAGGUCGCAUUCAAUCUGCUCGCUUCCGUUAACUUCAACGAAGCGCUCGACCAGGCGCUGGAAACGAACGUCGAGUGUACGCGGCGCGUGCUCAACCUGCUCAGCGGUGCCCGGCGCAUCAAGUCCGUCAUCCACGUGUCGACGUUCUACUCGAACUGCAACCGGACGCUGAUCGAGGAGAAGAUCUACGACGAUAUCGGGUUCGGCGGGUACGACAACAUCAAGAGCACGUUCGCGAAGCUGCAGGACGACCACAAACAGUUCCUGUCGCCGGUCGUACUUGGCACGUUCCCGAACUCGUACACGUUCAGCAAAAAGUGUGCCGAGGUGGUGGUGCGCGACAAGUUCGGCCACCUGCCAAUCGGCAUAUUUAGACCACCGAUAGUGACCUCCAGCUACCGGGAGCCCGUACCUGGAUGGGUCGAUAACUUUAACGGACCGAGCGGCAUGGUGGUUCCACUGUCCCAGGGCCUCUACAGUGCCGCCCUGCUGGAUCCCAAAAAGAAGCCGUUCAUCGUACCGGUCGACUUCUGCGUCAAUGCGCUGCUCGUGUGCGCGUACGAUGUGAGCAAAUCGAGCGUCACCAAGAGCAUUCCCGUGUACAACUACACCGACGACUGCAACCUCUGGACCUGGGACCAGGUGAUCAACGGGUUCUUCAGCGGUCUCGGACCAAUCCGGAAACUAGUGGCAAAAUACUUCACCGGCACAAUCACGGUCAACCCGGUGCGGUACGCAAUCUGCAAGCGAAUCAUGAUGUUCCAGGCCUUCUGUCUGGAUCUGAUCCGGACCUUCACUGGAAAAGAAAAAAUCAUGCAACGAUUGUUCUCUAAGAUGGUGACGCUGAGCGAAGUGUUGCGCUUCUUCUGCCUGAACGACUGGAAGAUGACUAACGCCAACAUCCGCCGGAUCAGCGAGGAGAUGUCACCGCUCGAGGCGGAACUGUUCCCGCUCGACAUCAGGAAGAUCGACUGGACCGAGUACUACCGGAACUUUGUGCCGGGUGUGAUCAAGUACGCCGUCCAGCCGCGCAGCCCGCGCAGCCCCAGCAUCAGCGAGCGGAAGCUGAAGGAAUCGAAACAGAUACGGGAAUCGAAAAAGCUCAACAGUGGCCUGUUCUACCUGCUGUGGAGCUCCGUCUUUAUUAUCGCGCUGAAGAUAUUCAAAAAUCUCUUCAACAAGGUGUGAAGAACUUUCCAACUCCAAGUACGCUUCCAAUUUAUUUAGGUUGAAUUUAAGUCGGAAAAUGGGACACGAACACAACAGCAAAACACAUACAAACACAUAUAC